ACCACUCGAAUACCCCACGUCCAACGCCACUCGAAUUCCCCACCGCCGCCGCCGCCGCCGCUGCUCCGCCGUCGCGGCGUCAUGCUCCUCCUCCGGCAGCGCGUCCUCUCCCAUCUCCUCUCCGGCGCGCCCUCUCCUUCCACCUCCCCACUCCUCUCCCUCCACGGCCUCCUCUCCACCGCCGCCACCGCCGCGCCCGCCGUUUCCCCGAACCCUAGCUUCGCCGUGGAGGAGUACCUCGUCUCCACCUGCGGCCUCACCCGUGCCCAGGCACUCAAGGCCUCCGCCAAGCUCCCCCACCUCAAGUCCCCCGCCAACCCCGACGCCGUCCUCUCCUUCCUCGCCGGCCUCGGCCUCUCCGGCGCUGAUGUCGCGGCCGUCGUCGCCAAGGACCCGCGGUUCCUCUGCGCCGGCGUGGAGAGAACCCUGGCCCCCGUCGUCGCUGGGCUCACCGGGCUCGGCCUGUCACACCGUAAGAUCGCGCGCCUCGUCUCGCUCGCCCCCGGCAACUUCCGCCACACAUCCGUCGUCUCCAAGCUAGAGUACUACCUGCCGCUCUUCGGCUCCAUUGACAACUUGCUCCGGCCCCUCAAACACUGCUCUGGCUUCCUCGGCUCCCACCUCGAGAGGGUGGUCAAGCCCAAUGUCAAGCUCCUAGCAGAGUGCGGGCUAGGUGCUAGCGAUGUUGCUAAGCUGUUCAUCCGUGAGCCAAGGAUGAUUAGCACCAAACCAGGGCGUGUCCUGGCGAUGGUUGCGUGCACCGAACGUCUAGGUGUGCCCCGUGACUCUGGAAUGUUCAGGCAAGCGCUGCACACUGUCUCAUGCUUCAGCGAGGACAAGAUCGCUGCCAAAGUGGACUACUUGAAGAGGACACUUAGGUGGUCAGAUACCGAGGUUGGCAUUGCUGUGUCCAAGGCUCCGGUUUUGCUGACAAGAUCAAAUGGCGUGCUGCAGCGUAUGUCAGACUUCCUGAUCUCUGAGGUGGGGUUGGAGCCGGCCUACAUUGCUCAUCGUCCCGCUAUGCUCACUUGCAGCCUGGAGGGACGGCUCAGGCCCCGCUACUAUGUUAUGAGGUUUCUUAAGGAAAGUGGAUUGCUAAAUCAUGACAGAGACUACUAUAGUAUGGUGGUGGUCCGCGAGAAGGUAUUUGUCGAGAAGUUCAUAUGCCCUCACAAUCAAGCUGCACCUCACCUUGCUGAAGACUAUGCAGCUGCUUGCACAGGGCAGGUGCCUGCUACAUUCACAUUUACAUGAACCAAGAAGCAGGAAAAUGGAUUGCUAGAGCGCGAGUGGAACUACUAUUCAGCAGUCUUGGUUACUGGGAAAAAUUUCAUGGAAAAGUUGGUAUGCCCAUACAAGGAAGCUGCCCCCACCUUGCCAAAACCUAUGCUUCCAGUUGUAAGGGAAGUGCCUUCUAGUUUCAGAUUUACAAGACUAAUAAUGGGCUAUGUGAAUUUGUAACUACGUAUGUCUACGUGCAGUGAGCUGGUAAUUUUCGUCUCAGUGUUCUAUGCCUAACUAGAUGUUGUUGUUUGUCUGCUAUAGUAUGUCUGGUACAUGUUAAUUAAGUGUCGCCAAUCCUGGAUGAAACUGAUAAUUUCAUUUUAGAGUGCUUGUAUGUCCAUUACAUGAUUUGGUAGAGAAGAACUAAGAGAGUGUGACAUCAGGGCAUUCACCUGUUCAUUGUGAUGUCAUAUUGUCAGGGCAUUCUGCAAAUGCUUUCAAAUAUAUUAAUGAAGAGUAUAUCUGCACGCCUUAUAUGUUUAUGUUCUCAAUUGCCAUUUCAGCUUUCAAUGCAAUCCUGAGUCAAUCUAUCUUUCCAUGAAAAAAGGUUCUCUUUUUUGCCAUGAAGAUGAUAUGAAGCCCCAAAAUUCGUUAAACAUCUUUUUUGGUGGAAACAAAUCUGGAAUUAACGUGUUAGUCACUGUUGAGGUUGCAGUUUUGAUCUAGUCUGUUUAUUUGCUUCCUCUAAGCUGAAACUCUUCAUUCUUCCUGCAGUAGCUUUGUUUGUAAGAUAUUAACUGUUGUGAAAGCAGGUCAUUGUUUACUAGUAGUUUGUAUCAGUUUUUUCGUUUAUUUUUCUCUUAUAUUCUUGGAUGGCUACUCGCUGAUGCUUUUCCUCGGAGCGUCUUUUGUCAAAACUGAAUACUUCAGUAGUUGGCUAGUAGCAUUUUGUUGGCAGCCCACCCAUCUAGCACUACUUAACAGAUAUUUCAAAGACCCUUGUAUUUGUAGCGGAUACACAAAAUGAUGCUUGUAUGGUAUGGUUCCGAAAAACAGAGUGCAUUUCAUACACUAUGAAGGAACUUAUGUUAAGGUAAUCUUAAAAAGGGUCAUGACAUUACCAUGUUAUUCUCUGCCAUACUUGUUAACUAUUUUUAUUCCAUAUUAGCACUAUUUAUAUAGAUGCUAGGAGAUCUUUAUGCCUUGGCAUAUUUUUGUAGGGAUCUUAUGUACCAUCCUCUGUUUUAUAUUUUUGCAUUUUUAGAUGCUCUUCUAUAUUUGCUUCAGUUGUGUUGGUUACAAUCUCUUCUGAAGACAUGUAGGCAGGAAUUGGAGAAAAGAGAAUGAAGAUGUCGAAGAUUGUUACCUUAGCAAAGAGAUGGUACCAGAGAUGAUAUCUUAACCAAGCUUGGUCUUAACAUUUAAGAGAAUGCAGUAUUUUUUUCUCAGUUACAGUGAAUGUCAUCUUUUCGUACACUUUUUUCAGUUAAAUCUCAGCCUAGGCAUGCAAGUACUAGCUGUCAGAUUGUCAGCGUAGUUAAAGAAUCUUGGAGAAUUGCAAACACAGAAAUUGUAGACAUGCUUGUCUACCUCAAAUUAAGAAUCAAGAUGUGUGAGGAGAGGAUGGUGAACAUAUGUUUAUUCCUGAACAUAUGUUAGGCUGUAGAAAUUGGAAUAAAUGAGAUCUCAGCUGUGUGCUUGCAGUAACACAAAGGAGAUGGGCACAUGCUAUUAUUGGCGCAGAGCUCUGAUUUGAAAUGAAGAUCAGUUGUGUGUCUCUUCUCUAGUGCCUAGUUUAGCCUGUGGGAAUUAUACAAAUAAUAUUAAUGCAAUUAAGGCGAGGGGAAGGGGUCUAUUAAGGAACGAAGUGACUUGCCAAGAGAUCAGCCAAGCAUGGUGGCUGGGGAUUUGCUAUACUACACAUGAUUCUGAAGGCUCUGUUAGUUGAUGAUGCCUGAGACUUCCUUCAGUUACAAAGCUUUCCUUUAACGGAAACAGUCAUAAUAGAGCUUUUUAUGUGUAAGGAAUUUGGUGUAUGGACGCAAGCAGAGGGCAGUUAUGAAUAAAGUUCAGCAAGCUAACUGGCUCCUGUGGGCAUUGACAUGCACUUGCACUUCCUCAUGACAAGUUGACACCUCCUUUGACUAGUACAAGUGUGGAGUGGUAAUUGAUAUUUAGGGUGGGAACAAGUUAAAUAUGCACUCUUCCUAAGACUUGAGGAUGAUGCAGCAAUGUAUCGUUCAUAGUAUUGAUUCCGAGGAUGCUCUGAGAUCUGGCAAUACAAACGCAAGGGGCCGAAGGCACUGCUGCAGUCAGGCUGGAUUAUACCGCUGCAGACGCAAGCUUACAUGAUCGCUGGAGGAGAGAAAUGGUUUCAGCCGUGGCGCGCGAGAUUACUCGACUCUCUAUUAAGACGGCGGGGGAAGAUCAGUGUCGCCGUCCAAUCAAGCGUCGCUAGCUGGGGAAGUUGGCAGCAGUCUGGGAGGUGAGGAAGAUGAGAUGAUCGUGUAAUGGCUGGGCUUUUUCGAACCCUAUCUGAAGAUGGUUAGAAACUAUGUGUAAAACCUGCUCUGUUUCUGUUGGAGGAACAGUUAAGACCAUGCUGAUUCAUUAACAUUGGUGACCAUCAUCUGGUUGGUAGUACCUGUAAAAAGGAAGAAACGAAAUUGUACAGAUAUCA